AUAGAUAACUUCAAGCUGAAAUCUGUCAGAGGAAUUGUGACCCAUCUCUACCCUGACUACGGCUGGAUUAAUGGAACCAUCUUUUUCCAUAUCAGCGUGGUCAGUGACAACAUGCCUGUGAGCAUUGGAAGAAGGGUCAUUGCUCUGGUGGAAGAAGACCAAACAACUCGUAUACUGAAAGCGGUCAAGGUGAAAGUUAUGACUAAUUGCGAUGGUGGUACUAAGCCAUCAGAGCUUGACAGAGAACUUCGUAUCAUGUGUGUCACCUCGGUAACACAGGGCAACAUCUAUAUCAGCAAGGAAACUUCUAUCCCUGCCCAGCUCUUUUCUGGAGAAUUCAAGCCUUACAAAGGAGACUUGCUGCUGAUUGAGUAUUCCUUGAAGCCGGGCAAUUCAAACAUGAACAUCCACACUGUGAGCCCCCUCAACUCCCAGAGGAUCAGCGAGGUCUGUGUGACCAGCAUUAAUGGAAGAACUGGCGUGGUAGAUGACUUCAUCUUUUUCACCUUGGACUCUCUCCAUACUCUUCCUGGUUAUACCCCUGCAUUAUACGAUAUUGUUAAUGUGGUUGUGGUAGAUAGCAUUCAAUCGCACUACACCUGUAGAGUGGUAGCUAUGUUUCCAGUGAAGAUGUUGCAUUAA